GCUAAAAUUUUUUAUUGUUAUUAAGUUAAUUUGAAAGAAUUGUAAUCUAAUUUAAAUGUCAAAUGUCUUCGCCGCCUUUAUGUUGGCGGCGGGAGCUGGACUUUCUACUACUGUAGGAGCUGCGUUCGUUUUUAUAAAGCGUUUUUUCCAUCCUAAAAGUUUCGGGCUUGCAAUUAGUUUAGGUUUCUCUUCGGGAGUUAUGAUAGGAGUUUCAUAUCUCGAUAUAUUUGGAAAGGCAGUUAAUCAUUUUGAAAAUUGUAGAUGCAUGCUAAUUCAUAACGAUCCUACCAAGUCAGCUUAUAUAUUGGCUAUACUCUUUACUAUAACUGGAAUAUUAUCAUUAUUUCUACUUGAUGGAUUUAUUUAUUUAUUUAAGAAAGGAGUUCCAUUCAAAUCCAAUAACAAAAAUGCUGAAUCUAACAUGCUACCUCACUUUCAUCAUUCCAAUCCUGCCCUUGCUAAUUUUGAUGGCAAGAAUCAUACCAAAUCGGCCAGUGAAAAUAGCAAUAAAUCUCCUUCAGAUGAGGAUGGAUUUUCAGCGAUUCCCUUACAAAGCGUAAAUAAUUCUGAUAGGAAGGGGAGUUCUCGUAGCGAAUCUUGCGAGUGGAAUUGUUUUAAUUUCGGCAUUUUUACGAAUGCUUGCAAAAAAAUUGAUUCUAAGGAUAAAGAAAUUUCUGAAGAAAAAGACAGUUUAAAUAUUAAAGGAAAAAAAAGUAAACUAAAACGUUUAGGACUUAUAACUGCGCUAGUAAUUACUUUGCAUAACAUUCCAGAAGGGCUCGUUACUUUUGUGGCAGCACUUAAAGAUCUGAAAGUCGGCGGCUCACUCGUAUUUGCUAUAAUAGCUCAUAAUAUUCCGGAAGGUUUUUGCAUUGCAAUUCCUAUUUAUUACGCUACUGGAAGCCGCUGGAAAGGUUUUCUAUAUGGCUUUUGGUCGGGAGUUAGUGAAAUUUUUGGAGCGUUGAUUGGCUUUGCGUUAACCAAUACCUAUACGGGGGAUGGACUUUAUGCAGCUUUAUUUGGUUUAGUAGUGGGAUUGAUGACUUCUAUUGUUAUUAAAGAAAUGCUUCCAACUGCAUUCGAGUAUGAUCCUCAUAAUAAGGUCGUCUCGUAUUCUUUUUUGGGAGGAUUUAUAAUAAUGAUUAUUAGUCUCAUAUUGUUUACUCUCUAA